GGUGAGGAACCUCUCGCUCUGCCCCUUUAACCUGUUCACCCCGCUCCUCGUCUCUCUCUCUCUGUUCCCCGUCUCGCCGCUUUGUGUUCACCGUCGCUCCCCACGAUCAUGGCUGCUCACUCCACCGAAGAACCGUUCCCCUUCCACGGGCUGCUCCCCAAGAAAGAAACCGGCGCCGCGUCGUACCUCACCAGGUUCCCCGAGCACGAUGGCCGAGGGGUGCUCGUCGCCAUCCUCGACACCGGCGUGGACCCCGGGGCCCCCGGCAUGCAGGUCACGACAGAGGGGAAGCCAAAGAUCAUCGAUAUCAUCGAUACGACAGGCAGCGGUGACGUGAACAUGGCCACAGUGGCAGAACCUAAAGACGGGACAAUCGCAGGCCUUUCUGGCCGAACACUUAAGAUUCCUACUGCCUGGGUCAAUCCUUCAGGGAAUUAUCGCAUUGGAGUUAAAAAUGGCUACGAAUUCUUCCCUAAGGCUCUUAAAGAAAGAAUACAGAAAGAGCGAAAGGAGAAGAUAUGGGACCCACCACACAGAGCGGCGCUUGCUGAGGCCUCACGAAAGGCAGAAGAGUUUGACCUUUCUCACCCGACGCCCUCACAGAUGGAGAAGUUGGAGAAAGAAGAGCUGCAGAGUCAGUCAGAGCUGCUGGCAUCUCUAGAAAAGAAGUACAGUGAUCCUGGUCCUGUAUAUGACUGUGUGCUUUGGCAUGAUGGAGUCACAUGGAGGGCUGUCGUGGACACUUCAGAAUGUGGAGAGCUGUCCCAGUGCACUGUGCUGUGCUCCUACAGAGAGACUCAAGAAUACGCCACAUUAGGAAAUGCUGAGAUGCUUAACUACUCUAUUAAUAUUUAUGAUGAGGGAAAUACACUCUGCAUUGUCACCAGUGGAGGAGCUCAUGGGACCCAUGUGGCAAGCAUCGCAGCAGGUUACUUCCCGGAUGAACCAGAGCGCAAUGGUGUGGCCCCAGGUGCCCAGAUCCUGGCUUUGAAGAUUGGAGACACCCGCCUCAGCACAAUGGAAACAGGCACAGGACUCAUCCGUGCAAUGAUUGAAGUAAUCAACUACAAGUGCGACCUGGUAAACUACAGCUAUGGAGAAGCCACUCAUUGGCCUAAUUCAGGGAGGAUUUGUGAGGUGAUCACAGAGGCUGUCCAGAAGCACAAUGUGAUAUUUGUCUCGAGUGCAGGGAACAACGGCCCGUGUCUCUCUACUGUUGGCUGCCCAGGGGGAACCACUAGCAGUGUCAUAGGAGUUGGAGCGUAUGUGACUCCAGAUAUGAUGGUGGCAGAAUAUUCUCUGAGGGAGAAACUCCCAGCUAACCAGUACACUUGGUCAUCCAGGGGCCCCAGUACAGACGGGGCCCUGGGGGUCAGCAUCAGUGCCCCUGGUGGUGCCAUUGCGUCUGUACCCAACUGGACUCUUCGUGGUACCCAGCUGAUGAACGGAACAUCCAUGUCAUCGCCUAAUGCCUGUGGAGGCAUUGCACUGAUCCUCUCGGGUCUGAAGCAGAACGGGAUCCGUCCCUCGGCUCCUGCGGUCAGGAGAGCGCUGGAAAACACAGCUCUGAAGGUUGAUGACAUUGAGGUUUUUGCACAGGGCCAUGGAAUAAUCCAGGUGGACAAGGCCUUAGACUACCUCACUCAACAUGCCUCUUUACCCACGAGCCACCUUGGCUUCACAAUAAGCGUGGGAACACAGAGAGGUAUCUACCUCAGGGACCCAUGCCAAAUCCUUGCCCCUUCAGAUCAUGGAGUCGGAAUUGAACCCUUCUUCCCAGAGAACACAGAAAACUCUGAGCGAAUCUCCUUGCAGCUGCACUUGGCGCUCACAUGUGCUGCCCCUUGGGUCCAGUGUCCCUCGCAUCUAGAGCUGAUGAACCAGUGUCGUCACGUCAAUAUCCGCGUUGAUCCUGUCGGACUGAGAGAGGGAGUGCACUACACAGAGGUGUGUGGGUACGAUACAGCAGCACCAAGCUGCGGCCCACUGUUCAGAGUUCCCAUCACGGUUAUUAUCCCUACCAAAGUGACGGAUAAUCGUAAUCAGGAGGUGGCCUUCACGGACAUCCACUUUAGACCAGGUCAGAUCAGACGGCACUUCAUCACCGUUCCUCAGGGAGCCUCCUGGGCAGAGAUUACACUGACCUCUCAUUCAGGAGAUGUGUCAUCAAAGUUUGUUCUCCAUGCCGUGCAUCUGGUCAAACAGAAGGCGUACAGAGCUAAUGAAUUUUACAAGUUCUCUUCACUAUUGGAAAGAGGCUCGUUAACAGAGGCUUUUCCUGUGCUGUCAGGUCGGAUAGUAGAGUUUUGCAUUGCUCGCUGGUGGGCGAGCCUGGGUGACGUCACAGUGGACUACAGCAUCUCGUUCCAUGGACUCAGCACAUCUCCCUCUCCCUUGCACAUACUUGCAUCAGAAGGAGUGACGAGUUUUGAUGUGUCGUCGCCUCUGAGGUACGAGGAGGUUUCCCCCGCUAUUACCCUCAAGUCCUGGGUUCAGCCUCUCAGGCCUUUAAGCUCAAAGACAAAAGCUUUGGGAAUGAGGGAUGUUCUACCCAAUAACAGACAACUCUACGAGAUAGUCCUCACCUACAGCUUUCACCAGCCUAAGAGUGGAGAGGUUACCCCCAGCUGUCCCACACUGUGUGAGCUGCUGUAUGAGUCUGAGUUCGACAGUCAGCUCUGGAUGCUGUUCGAUCAGAACAAGAGACUACUGGGCUCAGGAGACGCCUACCCACACCAGUAUUCCCUGAAGCUGGAAAAGGGGGACUACACCGUGCGACUGCAAGUUCGCCACGAGCAGUCCAGUGAGCUCGAGCGACUGAAGGACCUGCCUUUUGUGGUGUCUCACCGUCUGUCCACCACCCUCAGUCUGGAUGUGUAUGAGUCGCAUCGAGCCGCCCUCAUGGCCAAGAAGAAGGCCAACUCCGUCACCCUGUGCCCGGGGGCCACUCAGCCUUUCUACGUCACAGCCUUGCCAGACGACAAGAUCCCCAAAGGGACGUGUCCAGGUUGCUAUCUCUCAGGCUCCCUCGUUGUCUCCAAGAGCGAGUAUGGCAAGAAAGCAGGGCAGGCCUCUGCAAAACGACAAGGAAAGUUUAAAAAGGACAUCGUACCAGUCGUUUACCAUCUAAUUCCUGCUCCCAACAAAACAAAGAAUGGAGGGAAGGAGAAGGACAAGGAAGCCGACAAAGAGAAAGAUGUGAAAGAGGAAUUUGCAGAAGCCAUGCGGGACUUGAAGAUUCAGUGGAUGACAAAGUUGGACUCCAGCUCCAUCUAUGAAGAACUGAUGGAAAACCACCUGGAUUACCUUCCACUGCAUGUGCAAAGACUGCAUCAGCUGGACUCUGAGAAGGAGCGUGUCAAACGUCUCAGGGAGGUGGUGACAGCUGCCGACAUCGUCAUCUCCCACAUUGACCAGACAGCCCUGGCUGUUUACCUGACCAUGAAGACAGACCCUCGGCCCGAUGCCGCCUCUAUCAAGACUGACAUGGAGAAGCAGAAGUCGUCUCUGCUGGACGCUCUGUGUAGGAAGGGCUGUGCACUGGCUGACCAGCUCCUGCUGCCUCCUGCACAGCAGGAAGGUGCCGGGGCCCUCGCCACGGAACAAAUAACAAUAACAACAACAACAACAGUUGCAGCAUCAGUAGUAGUAGAGGAGGAGGAGGAGGAGGAUGGGUUGCAGGUGGCGAGCAGUUCUGACGACGCUGUGCAGAACGUGGCUAAAGUUCUGACAGAUACGUUUUGGGAGGUGCAGAAGUGGGCAGAGCUCACUGACUCCAAGGUGUUGAUGUUUUCAUACAAACAUGCUCUUGUGAACAAGAUGUACAGCCGGGCCUUAAAAUACGCCUCAAAGAUGGUGGAGGAGAAGCCCAGCAAAGAGAACAUGAAGAACUGCAUCCAGCUAAUGCGACAUCUACGAUGGACACACUGCGCCACCUACAGUGAGAACUGGCUCCCUGUCAUGUACCCCACUGACUACACGCCUUACUAGGCACACACACAGACUCACACACACACACACACUCACACAUGCAUGAACAACACGGCCAUUCACGGUCCAUUACAAGGGUAGUUUGAUAUUGUGUCCCUCAGGGUCACAUGGUCUAUGCAUCUGACCAACCAGCUGCCUCCUGAGAGUUUCUUUAUUUUAGAUUGAGAUGUAGGUGAGCACCAAAAUGAAGGACAACGCUGUGUGUAAACAGUUUGAUACACUCGACACCUUAUGAGAGGGUGGAGUCAUGUUUUGUUGAACAUCAAGGCUCUGCCGACCCACGUAGCGAUACCACCUCGGCUGUUUGAAUAUCAUCAACGGAGACAAUUUUGUGAUACUGUAGUUCAGUGAUAUCUUGAUGUUGUCUUUGAUUUUGGUGUUAUCUACACAUGUGGAGGCUUUCAAUCCACCCAGACCUUCCCCCUCAGCUGUUCUGGCCCCAUACCAGUAACCUCAUUAUCUCAUGUAAAUACUGUGGAAGGGCCAGUGUGGACUCCAGGGAUUCGUCCCAACUCUUCAAAACACUGAAGUCACUUUCAGAAAAACCACAACAGAAUGAUGCGUCAGGAGGACUCGCUAUGUUGGGACACACAAGGGCAGGCAUCUGCCUGAUCCUGGAAUCAAAAGGAAGGAAAUCUCGGACAGAACUUGAUCUUGUCUCUUUGUUUUUUAAUGGCUCCAGGAUGGCCGGGUUUAUACAGUUAACGUUGAAUCUUGUCUGUCUCGAGACCUGAUUACACAGUCUCAAUACACAACAGUGCUGAGGUGCCUUUCUACAAGUACCUUACCUUCUCUGAUGGGACGAAAGAUGAAGUGCAAGGGUUUUGACCCCUGACGGAUGCAGAAUCAGCAGCGUCAGUCAGCACUCCGCCACUUGCCGUCAUUUCUCCCAUCAGCCUUUGGUGUCAAUAUGGUUUUUUAAGCUUGAGUCAGCAGUGUGAUGUGUCCGGGCACCGUAUGCAGGUUGUUGGUGACUUGUCAGGAACCUACAAACCUGCUCUCUUUGCUUCUACCUCCAUAGGUGUUGAUCAGACACAUCACACUGGUUACCCAAACACCACAUUUGACGACCAUCACACAGACCUCACUUAACACAGUUGCAGUUGGUGGAAGCCAUAGGAUGAUCACAUCACAUGUCACUGUAAAAAUGUUCAUGUCGUAGUCCAGUUUUUUCUCUGCCGCAUUUCAAAUGUUGCAUUUGGACACAAUGUCAUAAAAUGUACAGACACACGUAACAUAAAAAUAUUAUGAUGCAAUAGGUAUAUGAUACAAAUAUUAUUCUAAUCAAUGUAUUUUGCAUAUAUGCAUGUCUUCUAGGAUGUAUGAAAAAAGUUUUAUUUGGAAGAUUUUUAGUCAGAAACAAGAUUUUGACCAUAUCCACUUUCUUAGCGUGUGUUUGUGAAUGAUUUUAUGUGAACCUGUGAGCAUAUUUUGUGAACGAAACUAAAACGAUUGCCAUUUAGAGUGGGGGGGUUCAUCAGAAGUUUAUUUUAGUUUAUCUUCAAACACAUUAUUUUCUUGGAAGGACUAAGCCAGUGGUUUUGUAUGUUUUAUUAUAAAUCACAUCAGAGUGAACCAUUGUGUUUAUUUGGUUAUUUUAGAAUUUUGUUGGGAGCUAUUCUUUCAAAUAAUCGUUGGUUUCCAUUCAUUUCUUUCCAUGAUGAACAUUGAGUCUGAAUUCAUUCAAAUUUCUCCGCCGUCUUCUUACAAUGACGUCGAACAUCAAAUCGUAACCGUUUCACACAGCAACCGUCCGGAGGAACAGGCUGCAGAGCUCGAUUAUUUCAAAUAAGCUUAUUUCAAUAAAUUGUCAGACUUUUCAGUUUCCCCUGAAGCUUCACCUUACUUGUGUCAGGGCGGCUAGUACCCGAGACCUGAGAACAGACUUUAAUGUGGAAAGGAGUGGAGUUCCCCUUUGAGCAAGUGUGACAUCCGUUCAGUCGUUUCCUGUUUAGAUUUGUGAUUGGCCCUUUUUUAAUUUCUGUAAAAACAAACAGUUCCUGCCACAUACUGUAGUAUAGUCAGUUUAACCCAAUUGGGUUUAUCCCAUGUUAAUUAUGAAGGCUGAAAAGUUUUAGCAGUAAAACUAACGACGGUGAAAUUGAACAUUUUAACAUUUUGUAGAAGAAGGAAAUUAGGGUAUACAGUAAUGUUUUUAACUCAUGGCGUCUUUCCCUGAUGUUUUCUGUCCGCUCACAAGUGGAAGGUAUAAACUUAAGAAUGUAAAAGCAGCUGCUUUCAAGAUGAGGCCUUUAGUCCUCAUGGGAAUAAUCAAUCUUUUCUGAAAUGACCAAUCAGUAGUCACAACUCACAAUGACCCAGAGGUAGCAACACUUUGCUUUUCUGUAUUUAGCUGUGAUUUGUCUUUACUUUUUGCAGCAGCCUCAGCACAGGCCUCUCCAAGUGCACAUGGACUUUACAGGAGCGAUUUGAUUUUGGUCUUCGAAAAAAAUGUGUGUCGAUCAUUUUUACUGUUUUUUUUUUUUCUAUCUUUUCUGUUCUGUUCUCUGUCAUUUUUUUGACCUUUUCUUUCUCCUGUGUUCGGGUUUUGGUUCAGACAGACGUCAUGUUCAGGGCUCCGCAGUCGUCAGUACGCGUUGCUUAUGACAGUCUCUCCGAGAACGGCCUUAACUUUCACCGCAGGACUGAACCGUCCAGUUCUGGCACCAGACAGUCGCCUCAUACCUGUUGCUCCGCACUCCGCUGGUGUCAGGAAGAAUUUAAACUUCUGGAUGUUGAGUGUUUGUAUUUAUAGUCAUGAAAUGUAGUAAAUGCCAAUGUUUUACAGAAUGUUUAUGGGAUGAGGUUGAAUGCUCAGUAUUAUUUUAUACCCAUUCUUCCUCCAUAACAUGUGGGAAAGACCUGAGCUACUGUCGCGACAUUUUGUGCUCACAUGGAAAUCAAGUCACAAACAAGGAAAAUGACACUGAAUAAAAAUAAUUCGGAAGACACA